GUGUGUAGAGAGAGAGAGAGAGAGAGAGACUCCUCCAGUCUUUUAAUUUGAGAGGGAAACAAGUCAUGUUCUGUUUCAUUAUUAUAUCGGGUAUGACUGUGAACGCUUAACAAGGGUAAAACGUUACGUUUUGUGUACUUGGGUUACGGGAUUUCACAUUGGACUUUUCACGGAAUACUCGUCAUAACCUUCAACGUGAUGUGUCGAUAUUGGGAUAUGUACUUGAUCAUAUGUUUCUCUGUCAUGUUCGUUGGAGUUGAAAACGUAUCAGAUCGACUGCCGCCUCCGAGAAAUCUGAACUUUAUAUGGCAACUUUAUACAUCGCCUUUCACGUUAUGUGUGACAUGGGAAAAACCUGAGGGUCUGGAUCCUGACUGCAAAGUGAACUACACAGUGGAAGUGCGCCUUGGGCAGGACUGUCCUCCCAACAAUCUACUACAAACAAUAAAGACCAAUGACUUGAACCACACAUUUUAUGUGUCCAAUGAGAAUGGACUGUGCAUCAUUGUUAAAACAUACCCUGAAAACUGUGGAAACAAGGACCAAAGCUCACCAAUCAAAAUCACCAUCCCUCCACUUCCAGUGACGCUGGUGAGAAACUUGAGCUGUUUCUAUUAUUCCGGAGACAGGAUGAUUUGCACUUGGGAUUCUGCUGCAGAUGAUGUCCAAGACCUCCGAUUUUAUUACUGGUUACCUAAGAAUGAAUCGGUCAAAGAGUGUUCAUAUUUAAACAAGACGAAGAAGACUGAAUGUACCAUAUACAGUAAAUAUUUCAAGCAUUCAACAGAUGACAUGUUCUAUCUGUUUAAUGGAACUCUCAAGGGAAUUCCUGUUAACAACACUUUCAAGGAUAAAAAUCCUUGGAACAAAGCAAAACUAAACACACCCAAACUGAAAAUCGUAAGAGUCGGGCAUAGUCUCCAUUUUCAAACGAUCAGGCCACAGUUUAAUGAUUAUGGAGAACAGUGCUUUGGCUACAAGUACAUAUACAGCAAGUGCAAUGAAGAGAGUGUCGAGGUGGAGGGACAUAUCAACCAUACAGUUGAAUAUGACCCAGCUUGCAAGUACAGAGCCAGAGUGCAGAACAUCUUCAAAAACUGUGGUGAAGGGGAAAGUGAACUGAGUGAAGAGGUGGAAUACGGUGAGAACAGUCAUCCGAAUUUGCCUGGGUUGCUGGCAGUCGUUAUUAUCCCUCUCAUAGUUUCCUGUUGCCUGAUAGUGUCUCUGGUGCUACUCAGAAGGAACAAAAACAUCAUACUCCCAAAAAUUCCAGAGCCAGGGCCUUUCUUUAAGGACAUGUUCAAUAACAAUAUCAGAACGACUGAGGAUCUAAGGAGCCCUGCAUUUGGUAGACUUUAUGUCCCCACUGAAGAGUUCGUAGAAAGCAAGAUAAGUCUUGAGCCUGACACCACAUUUCUUCACUAGGGACCAUGAUGAAUGUGCCACACAUGAAAGGAGUAAAACCUGAAACCACUGAAAAAUGUUCAGCAAUGGAUUAAAACAUUUCAAUCAGAGCAGACUCGAAGACUAACGUUUAAACUUACUACAACUCUUUUUGUCCAUCUAUUUCAUCAAGGACUACAAUGAACACAGGAUGCUCACUUUUUCUACAUGUACUUUGACCUCACCGAUUAGACAUUUUGCUGUGUUGCCAGUAAAUUGCUCUUCCUUACAAAAAUGACUUGUUUAGAUGAAUGUAUUGUGAAGAUAAGUGAAGCAAUCAAUGAACUUUACUGGAGAAAGUUGGUUGAAUCUGCUUAUCUGUUAAGUGGAACCGGGGUUGUGCAGGGACCAAGUGGAAUACAGAAGCUUCAACUCACUAAAUGCAAUCCAAUAGAGAAACACGGCAUAAAAAGUUUCAUGGACUAUGUGAAAAAUAUCCAUACUUCAUUUCUUGUACACCAUUGCUAAACAUUUCCAUGCUGGUAUAUAUAGCCGAGUUUUAUAAGGAUGUGGAGUUGUUGCUGCACAUCGUUUACCAACUAAAUAUUCUUAUAAAUGUACAGCUACAAAAAAUUAUUGUGUAAAGAUAUGGUUUUCUAGACACUGUGAAUAAUAUUAUGUGUAUUAAAGUAUGUUUUUUCUUUA